AGUCAGUUCAGCUGCUAACACAGGCUGAGAGCACAGGUUAAAUAUAGAGCAGGCUGUCUCUCCUGACCAGGAACAAACAGGCUGAAGAAAGAGGCUCAACAUCUUGUGGCGAAAAGAAGAACUGAUUUUAUUUAAGCUGAAAGAGUCUGACACUACUCUCUCUCUCUCUCUCUCCUCAGUUCUAACUCUUAAUCUCUCGCCCUGUGAGCUGACAGACCAAACUUGGAGGGGACGAAGCUUCACGGCUCUCCGUUACUGUGGCAGAGAAGAAGACACUAAAGAGCGAAGUUGGAGGAAAGAUAUUUCAGACAUAAUCACAUAAACACAGCGAUGUUGUGAGCGCUGACAGUGAACUCAUCAAAGAGGACUGGAGUCAUUUUGGGACUGCACAGCUGUGACACCUUGGGAGUCCUGAGACCAGGUAAAAAAUGCGAUCCAGGAACUGCACCAUGGAGGGUCCAGAUAACGGACACAUCCAGCCCCCUAAAGGUUUCAUCAAGCAGGAAGAGGAGAACACACCAGAGCUCACAAAGAGGAAGAUGAAAGUCCAGCGAGAGGAGAAGGACGGGAGGAUGGCGGUGUCUGGAUCAGCUAAGAAACCUGCAGCGAGCAGGAAGGCAGCUCUGCCGGAUCUCUCAAAGACGGACCUGCUGCACCUGCUGGGAGUCAUGGAAGGAGAAGUUCAGGCCAGAGAGGACAUCAUCGGCCUGCUGAAGAUGGAGAAAGCCAGACCGGAGGCUCUGGAGGCUCACUACGGCUCAGGUGUCCCCACCAAACCCCUGCAGGCCCUGCAGAGAGACGGACUGCUCGCCCACAGCAACUACAGCACUGACGACGUGUACGAGAAGCCUAUGGCCGAGCUGGAUCGUCUGGAGGACAAACAGAAGGAGACGUACAGACGGAUGUUAGAGCAGCUGCUGCUGGCCGAGAAAUGUCACCGUCGCACCGUCAUGGAGCUGGACAGCGAGAAACGCAAACACACCGACUUCAUGAACAAGAGCGACGACUUCACCAACCUGCUGGAGCAGGAGAGGGAGAGACUCAAAAGGCUGUUGGAGCAGGAGAAGGCCUACCAGGCUCGUAAGGACAAGGACCACAGCAGGAGGCUGGAGAAGGUCAGAGCAGAGCUGGUUAAGCUCAAGUCCUUUGCCCUGAUGUUGGUAGACGAGCGGCAGCUGCAUAUUGAGCAGAUCGACCAACAGAGCCAGAAGGUCCAGGACCUGACUCAGAAGCUGCAGGAGAAAGAGCAGCGUUUGGCGGUGGUCACCGACACUGCCAAGGAGGACGGCCAGAAGGUCCUCAAGCUGGAGGCCGAGCUGGAGCAUAGAGCGGCCAAGUUUGCACAGGAACAUGAGGAGAUGACCGCCAAACUAGCCAACGAAGAGUCCCAAAGCCGGCAGCUUAGGCUGAAGCUGGCUGGAUUGGCACACAAGAUUGAAGAGCUGGAGGAGAGCAACAAGGUGCUGCAUAAAUCAGAGGAGGACCUGCAGAAGCUGAGGGAGAAAAUCAGCAAAGGGGAGUGUGGGGAUUCAUCUCUCAUGACCGAGCUUGAGAAUCUGCGGAAGAGAGUGCUGGAGAUGGAGGGCAAGGAUGAGGAGAUAACCAAAACAGAGACUCAGUGCAGGGAGCUGAGGAAAAAGCUGCAGAAUGAGGAGAACCACAGCAAGGAGCUGAGGUUGGAGGUGGACAAGCUGCAGAACAGAAUGGUUGAACUGGAAAAACUGGAGGGGGCUUUCAAUAGGAGCAAAACGGAGUGCUCUCAGCUUCAUACAAACCUGGAAAAAGAGAAACGUGUUGUGAAGGAUCUGGCCGGUGAGCUGGAGACGGUGAAAACCCGGUUGAAAGAACUAGAGUGCUCAGAGUCAAAGUUUGAAAAGGCAGAAAUGGUCCUCAAAGACGAUCUUAUGAAGUUGAAGUCCUUUACAGUUAUACUGGUAGAUGAAAGAAAAAACAUGGCAGAGAGACUUAAACAGGAAGAACAGAAAAGUGAUGAUUUAAGUAAGGUGUUCAAAGCAGAGCAGGGCAAGGUUACGGAGGUCACAGAGAAGCUGAUUGAGGAGAGCAAAAAACUUCUCAAAUUCAAAUCAGAAAUGGAGAUCAAAGUGACAACUCUCAUUAAAGAGAAAGAUGAGUUAAAAACUAAACUUGCAAGUGAAGAGGAAAAGUGUAGAGGGCUGAAUACCAAGCUAAGUGGUAUGAAAAUAAGAAUGGAUGGACUUGAGGAGACAGAGAGGGAAAUGCAGAAAAAGUGGGCCAACAAGGACAAAAACAGAAAUCCAGACGAAGACAACAAAGUAAAAGAGCUCACGCUAGAAAUUGAAAGACUUAAGAGCAGGCUCAAACAACUUGAGGUGGUAGAAGGAGAUUUAAUGAAAACGGAGGAUGAGUAUGAUCUACUAGAGAAGAAAUUCAGAACAGAGCAGGACAAAGCAAAUGCCCUUUCUAAGCUAGUGGAAGAAAUGAAAAGUCAGAUUGCCAGAAACAAAGCCAUAGAGAAAGGUGAGGUCAUGAGUCCUGAGGCUGAGCUUAGAAUUCGCUGCAAGAUGGAGGAGGCUAAAACCAGAGAGCUGCAGGUGGACGUCCAGGCCCUGAAGGAGAAAAUCCAUGAACUGAUGAACAAGGAGGACCAGCUCUCCCAGCUGCAGGUGGAUUAUUCUGUCCUCCAGCAGAGGUUCAAGGAAGAGGAAGAGAGGAAGAAAAGCAUGAGCCAGGAAGUAGUCAACCUUACCAAGGAGCUCGAAGCCACCAAGCGCUACAGUCGCGCCUUGAGGCCCAGUAUGAAUGGUAGGAUGAUGGUCAAUGUCCCGGUUACCUCCACAGCAGUGCAGACAGAUGUGAUGGCCAGUGAGCCUGCUGAGGACGAGACAGCGGCAGGCUUUAUCCGGAAGUCAGUCCUCGAGGAAAACCACUUAAUGAGCAACCUCAGACAACGGGGUCUUAAAAAGCCAACAGUUCUUGAACGAUACCCUCCAGCAUCAGCAGAACUCGGGGCAGGAAAAUCCUGGAUACCCUGGAUGAAAAAGAAGGAGGCCAUCACACUCACUCAGACCACACCUGAGAGGUCUAUUGGGACAUCCUUGCUCCAUCCACCUGAGAUGACCAUGUCCCAAAAGCCAGGCCAGCCACUGCACAUCCGAGUGACCCCAGAUCACGAGAACAGCACUGCCACCUUGGAGAUCACCAGCCCUCGAGCAGAGGAUUUCUUCUCCAGCACCACCAUCAUCCCAACUCUCGGCCUUCAGAAGCCUCGCAUCACAAUCGUCCCUAAGCCCACAACCGUGACCUCAAAGAGCAAAGCCUGUGAGCUGACGGAAGGUCUUGAUCGAGCCAAAUCUCCGGUCACGAUAACCACCAUCUCCAGGGCCAAGAGUGUGGACAAGACCAGUGGCUGCAGUUCUGACAGCCUUCAGUCGCCGGUGUCCAUCAUCACAGUCAGCACCACUCCUGUGGCUGAAGCAUGUGCUUCAUCUGAACACCACAAUAUUACUUCAGGCCGCACGGUGAUCAAGGUAACCCCAGAGAAGCAACCUGGGCCAGCACCGUACAGGAAAUACAAUGGCAAAAGCAACAUCAUCACAACAGAGGACAACAAGAUCCACAUCCACUUGGGUCCACAGUUUAAGAGGCCUUCUGAGGGCUGCAGUAGUUCAGUGUUGACGCUCAGAAGCUCAGAAAGCAGCAAGGAAAUGUCAACAGGGACGGUGCUCCGCUCCCCACACCAACCCUCAAUGGGGAAGACGGCUCCGAGCAAAAUGACAAGCAGCAUAACAAUCACACCCAUCACCUCGGCAUCCGCCAGGCCGACACAGUCAGUGCCCAGUUCGGAUGUGCAGUCAGCUCGGAGCGCGUCCACACGGAUCCCUGUGUCAAAAGGUCCGCUGAUGGACACCGCCUCAGCAAACAGCCGACGCUGAGCUGAGAUCUGUGAUGUCAUGAGAGGAAAUCUGAAGGUAUCUGAUGGCAGACUUUCCUCUCUAAUAAGACUCCUGGUUAAAACUCCAGGACAAACGGCGAAGCACCUUUUUACUAUUAGCCCCCCCCCGGCCCUUACAGCAACAAUACAGUUCCUUCACAUCUUGUUAAUAAGACACAAUACAAACAAGGCUGCAGUUUGAAAUGAAUGAAUCAACAGCUUUCAUACAGAAUAUUAUCUAUGUACAUUUGGAAUACGGUCACAAUCUGAAGCCUAUUCACCAGAUAAUUUUGAGCCAUAUCUUCCUGUGUUUACAAACAAAACACAUGAGUACAUGAACAAAUUUCAGAUGUAUACAGGAAGCUGAACCAACACCUGGAUUGCCAUCUGCACUGGAUACAAGCAGGACAGAGAUAACACUUCACACUGAACUUCAUCAGGUUAGUUGGAGACCAGUAGGCAGCACUCCACGUGAAUCAAAGUGACUUGAAAACUGUGCGUUUGUAUGAACGUCACAUUGGAUGAUAUCAGAUUUAUUUUCAUAUAUGAAUUUGGCACAAAACUGAUCUGAAAAUAAUAAUGUUUUCCAUGUGCUUUUUUCCAGGUUACAAGCAAAUAAAUAAUAGGUAAUAGUUAUAUCUCAUCUGUUCCCUAGAAGGGCAAAUACAAAUCUGAAUGGGUUCACUUUUACCUGGCAGUGAGAACGUAGCCAAUAGUAAUAGCUUUUGUUCUGUUUGAGGUAUCUUAAUGUUGAAAUUAAUUACGUUAUUCUGGCAUUGAAAUAUUAAAAUGUUGAGCCUGUGUUUUGUUUAAGUUUGGUCAUCUGGUCCUGGACAGACAGUUUGUCAUACAGUGGAAAUGUGGUUUUACGCUGGAUUUAAAAAUUGCUUUUGAAAGUGUACGGAAAGUAACAAAGGUAAAUCAAUGGCAUGUUUGUUUAAAGUGUAUUUGAUGGUAUAAUAAACAUAAGAAUACAUUAUUUGUGUUGAUCAAAACAUACACACACACAGUGCUUGGGAGUUUUGUUUUCGUCUUUGUUUUCCACUUUAAAGAAAGCACUUUUGCUUUUUUUCCAUUUAUAUGUGGUUUAAAUACACAUGAUACACCUUGUUUUAAUUCACUGUUAUUAUUUUCUGACUAUUGGGACACUUUAAUCACGCAGACAUGAUCAUGCAAAAUUAAUAACCUCUUCAGGCACCGAAUAAAUGAUGGCCAUAUGUAGUUUGAACUGUCCAACAGUGGAUUUGUCUGAUACCUAAUAAACUUCUCUCAACACUGGAAUUAAAGACUA